AUGGGAAGGGAAAUUAUUAAUAAAGUCCUAUGCAGUCGGGGCUUUUUUGACUUAUUUUUCAAGUGCAUUUCAAUGAGUUGGCAUCAGCCUGGUCUUGAUGUUAGUGCGGCUCCUUUACAUCAACUUACACCUCAUGGUCUAUUAUCAAAUGAAUAUCUUUCUGGGUUUGAUCAGAGUUCUGGUGGUAUGGAUUCGGAAAACGCACUCUUGACGGAGCAGCGUGCACAGUUGACAGGAAGAGAACUUCAACAACUUCUUAGUGUUGCUCACCAAAGUUUAGAUGAAGCUCAGGAAAGUUAUAAUGUUGCAACAGCUUCACUCAUAGGAUCACUCACUUUGAGUUACUACGAAAAAAUUCCUCACGUUCAAAAACAGUCAUUAAAUAGUCAUAGAUUAAAGCCUGCUCUAUACAGUGUGUUCUGUGAAAUCAAGGAGAAAACAGCUCUAAGUUUGAGAAACUCAGCUGUUUCUGCUGUAGAAGAUGAAGCUAAUUCACCAGAUCCUCAGCUUUUACGCUUGGAUAAAAUGUUAGUUGCUGAAGGUGUAACAGGACCUGGCGGUAAUCUGAAUAAUGAUCUAAGUGACGGUCCUGGAGACUUGGGUGGGGGACCCGGUGAUUGUAAUCAAAUUGAACAUGCUGAUUAUCGCGCUAAAUUGUCUCAGAUUCGCCAGAUAUAUCAUGCAGAAUUGGAGAAAUAUAAAAAUGCGUGUGAUGAAUUCACAGGACAUGUUAUAAAUUUAUUGCGUGAACAGAGUCGUAGUCGACCUAUAAGCCCAGCAGAAAUUGAACUUAUGGUUGGUAUAAUUCGGAGGAAGUUUCGAGCAAUUGAAACACAGCUGAAACAAAGUACUUGUGAAGCAGUUAUGAUAUUGCGAUCUCGAUUUUUGGACGCUAGACGCAAACGUCGAAAUUUCAGUAAAGAAGCUACUGAAGUACUAAAUGAAUAUUUCUACUCUCAUUUGGCUAAUCCAUAUCCUUCAGAAGAAGCGAAAGAAGAAUUAGCCAAAAAAUGUGGGAUAACUGUUUCACAAGUCUCUAAUUGGUUUGGAAACAAACGUAUUCGGUACAAGAAGAACAUUGUAAAGGCUCAAGAGGAAGCAAAUAUGUAUGCUGCGGCAACAGCCGCGGCAGCAGCUGCUGCUGGAUCUGUGGCAUCUGGAACUGGUGGUCCAACAUCAUCUGAUGAACAUUCUGUUGGAUAUGGUCAUCCGGGCUAUGAAUACGAUGAUUCUAUGAGCCUUCAAAGACCUGUCCCUCAAAUGUCCUGUCCACCUGAUCAUGACACUUGGAUGGGUGGGGGAGGAGCUGGAGUUCUCGGACCGGGUAGUUUAGAUGAACCCGACUGCAAACGCAGUAAACUUUGAGUACAUCUAUGCGUAUGCGACAAGCUGUUCAAAUAACUUCAUUCACUACAUUUUACAGCUGAUGAAUUCGCCUUGAAGUAACUUAUUUGAUAAGCAUAUAUAUAUAUGCAUUCUCUUCAUCUGUUGGUUUAUGUUCCAUAUUUCGUUAGUCCUGUAUUCCUUUAAAACAUGUGUUUUGUAGAGGAAAUAAUACCGGGUUUACGCAGUAAUCCCACGCAAUAUAUACAAGCGACUAUGUGUAUUGUUAUAGGCUGAAUUGUCUCGGCUUUUUCUUGCCUUUUGUUCUAUUCUUUUUUUCCCGUAUUUUAUUCUUUAGUAUAUUUAUUUAUUAAUGUUCGUAAGUUCUCAAUGGUUAAGGCCUGUAUCGUUUUCGUGGUCCUGUCUUUAUAAUACAAAUAUCAUGUUAAUUGUAUUCCCUUUUUCUCUAUGAUGAUCAAAAUGAAUUCGAUUUUUUUGGACAUUUCACUUGAAACAUUAAAGCCCUAAUAAUACUAUCUUAAUUGAUGUUGUCUCUGUUGUCGUUUUUUAGUCACCUAUCUUUUACUCUCUGGAGGUAAUGUGAAAGUGCAUCAACUUCCCAUUUAUACUUUCGUAUUACGUAUCUUUUGUGUCUUGUGUUUUUAUUCUCUUAUGGUUUAAACGGUUAAUUUCUUGUCUUGAGAAUUUCGCUUCACUUAUUUGCUAACUAUUCUCUCCUAUUCACUUACAUUCUUUUAUACUACAUUUUUUCAUUCUGUAAGAUGUGGGUGUGUAUCUUUUAGGACUUUAUCGUAAGACGAUUUUUUCUCUUUCAAUUUAUUUCAUUUCAAUAAAACAAAUUGUAUUACUUUC